AUGAAUACCCGUCUAUUUGAGAAUCCAACCGGCAUCUUGCAUUUGGGACAUGCCGCCAGGCGUUCUGCGGCGAGUUGCAUACCGCGAGUUAACAGCAUUCGUGCGCGAUGUCAAAACAUUUCAGGCCUAUUCACACCUCAUUUACUCAACACUUUCCACUUUCAACACACUGCUGGUAGUUUAUCUUUGCCGACCUUUGGUUCACCUUCCUCUCUAUUAAACUACUCGACCUGGACUCAGGGCUCGCCUGACUUAGAAGCCUCAUCUGCCAGCCAAACAUACAAGACAAUGUAUCAACUUCGACGAUUUGCCACCUCGAUGUAUCGCUGGAUCAAAAAUGAUGCAGCAGGAGAGUCAUCCAAGGUGUUCGCUGACCUGACUGUCAGCUCUGCGAAUCCCUCCAAAUCCAAGCGCAAGGUCUGGCUUGUCACCCAGUGGAAGGUUUACAUCCAGAAGGGCACUUUGGAAGACUUCCUGCGUCUCUGCGUCGACCUCGGUCUCUCUGGUGACCUUGGUACCAAGAAGAAGUGCCGCAAAGCGAUCAGGGGUGUGAACGUCAAUAUUUGGCAGUUCCUGCGGAGCAACAAAAAGCCCGAUGAUGUCUGGUUUUUCAAAAACAGAUACGGCCUGAUCAGAUACACGAAAAACACCAAGUCCUUUUACCCAAAGGACAACCUUGGCAAGGAGGAUCCGGUUAGGGACUUAUUGAGGGUUAUGGAUGAAUAG